UGCUGUUGGCUUUUGGCAUUGUCAACAACGCGGCACAAAGUUCAUACAAUUGUGACACGCGGCGCGUUAAGCACGUGGCUCUGACUGAUAACACCGAGUGUGUUAACACAAUAGAAUCAAACUCGAUAGAAAAUCAAAUAUACGUCACCAGACUGGCAUGCAUUUUUUAAACAAUUUUUUUCGAGUGCCUCCUGCGGCGGUGUUUCAAGUUUAAGUGUACACUGUGUGUUGAUAAGCCCCCAUAAUGACCUCCUGACCCCCCCGUCUGUGAUUUUUGUUCAAGUGCCGCGAGAGUAAAGUGCGUGAAAGGGCCAGGAAAAACUCGGCGAUUAGCUAACGUCUGGCCAUAACCAUUUAGCAUUUACCAUUUACCAGUAUCCAGUAACCGGAGCAGUGCAUUCAACUCCAUUUGGACGCAAUCCAAGAAAAUAAACAUGAAUUGUGAAAUGUAAAAGGAGGGGUUCUUAAAGAUGUUUAAACAAACAUUCUGGCAUAAUCAAAACAUUUAAUUCAAGUAAACUUUAAUAAUAUAAAUUUUAAUUGAAUAAAAUAUUAACUUACAAAUUGCGAGAGCAAUGUCAUAAAACAACAAGUUCUAAGCAAGUUCUUUUUAACUGAAAGUUCAAUAUAAAUGAGCUAAAAAAACACUUCAACUAUUUCUUAAAAAACAUAAAAAAUGUAAGCAAUUUUUUUAAAUAAAGUUUGAAUGUUAUGUGUGAUAUUGAAGGAACAUUUAAUAUUACUCAAAAAUUAAAGCAAAAUACCUCAUGAUUAGUGUUCAGUAUGCUUAUUAAAUUUUAAAGUAAAAAAAAAGUAUUUUAAAAGUUUCAUGAACACACCAAAGUAAUCACCACAAACAAACACUUCAAAUAAUAAAUAAAUACAUAAUUUAUAAAACACAAAUUACAAAAGCUUAAACCUUAAUUAUUAAAUAAGAAAAGUAAUAAAGACGUGUUUUAAUAUCAAUAAUUGCUUAAAAUGAGUCAUAAACAUUAAUUUGGAAAAGGUUAACGUUUCUAAAAAAAAUAGCCCAUAACAGCAACAGCUAUGAGCAGCAACAAUGGCAACGAGCAACCGCAACAGCAGCAGCAGGCGGAAGCCCCAAGAGCAACAGCAGUUGCAGCUGCAGCAGCAGCAACCACAACAUCCACUGCCAACACGGAGGCUAAUGCAGCUGGAUCCGGAUCCGGAUCCGGAUUGGGAUCACAGAUAUCGCGUCCUGCCACGGCACCAGCACGCUCCAGCAGCAGCAGCAACAACAACAACAACAACAAUAAUAAUGCCACCAGCAGCAGCACAGCCACCAGCUUUUACAGGGUCAACCUGAGCAACACGAACGGCAGCAACAUCAACAACAACAGCAACACCAACAGCUGCACCAGCAAUCCGAACCAAGCCAGCAAUAACAAUCACCAUGAGAUCAGCAGCAACACCACUUUGGUGGUCAACACCAGCAGCACUGCAGCAGCAACAGGAGGAACAGGGGCAACAGCAGCAGCACCAGGAGCAACUGCUGCAGCCACGAACAACAACCACAUCUAUGUGAAUCCACACAGCUACGACAGCAGCACCACCGGCAGCGCCAGCGGAUCCACGGCUGUGAUUAGUCUGCCGCUCAACCUGCAACACCAGCCAUUGCCAGCGACAGCAGCAACAGCAACAGCAACAGCAGCCACUCUUGAGCCCCAGCAGCAGCAACAUCCAUUGGGCGGCAGCAACACGGGAGCAAUCAGUCGGAUUGGCACUUUGACGGGCACUGGCACUGGCACUGGCACUGGCACCUCCACAUCCACCACCCUGAGCACCCUGAACACAUAUCUCUUUCCCUGUGGCGUCGAUUCGGCCAGCAGCUGCGACCUGGACAGCAAUUUCAGCCAGAUGCUGGGCGCUGGCAGCGAGGGCGGGGCCAGCAGUUCCCUCAGCCAGACGACGGCACCGGUGGGAACGGUGACGGGAUUGGGAUUGGGUGUCCAGCUGGGACUGGGCUUCAUCAACAGCCGGCGUCGCAUAAGACGGCUAUUUGGCGUGGGUGAGAUGGUGCCGCCCGUGGCCACGCCCACACCCUAUGCAGCCGCCCUCCGACGGCGCAGUUCGCAGAUAGUCCAGAUGACCAAGAAACGAGAAAAGGAGUUGGAAGAUCUGGAGCAGCAGCAGCGCAUUGCCACGGUGGCCUCGGCAAAUGCUGCUUUUCUGGAGCGUCGUGAGCAGCAGCAACAACAGCAACAACAGCAACAGCAGCAACAUCAGCAACAACAGCAAUAUCCUCAGCAGCAUCUGCAGUUCGCCUUUAAUCCCCUGCAGCCAGAGGCUGGUAAAAAGAAGAAAAAGAAACCGCCUGGACCACCGGCCCAUACGCGACAGCAAUCGUCACGCACCAUGGACGAUCCCAUGAUGAAUCGGCCACGGAAGAGCACACCGGCGAGUAGCAAGAAGAAGGACAAGGGACCGGAGAACCCCUAUGAGAAGUCUUUGCCCAAAUUGAGCAGUCAAGACGAAGAAGGGGGGGCUGGUCAUGGCUUUGGUGGCGGACCGCAACACUUUGAACCCAUUCCUCACGAUCAUGAUUUCUGCGAAAGAGUCGUUAUAAAUGUAAGCGGAUUAAGGUUUGAGACACAACUACGUACGCUAAAUCAAUUCCCGGACACGCUGCUUGGGGAUCCAGCUCGGAGAUUACGGUACUUUGACCCGCUUAGAAAUGAAUAUUUUUUUGACCGUAGUCGACCGAGCUUCGAUGCGAUUUUAUACUAUUAUCAGAGUGGUGGCCGACUACGGAGACCGGUCAAUGUCCCUUUAGACGUAUUUAGUGAAGAAAUAAAAUUUUAUGAAUUAGGUGAUCAAGCAAUUAAUAAAUUCAGAGAGGAUGAAGGCUUUAUUAAAGAGGAAGAAAGACCAUUACCGGAUAAUGAGAAGCAGAGAAAAGUCUGGCUGCUCUUCGAGUAUCCAGAAAGUUCGCAAGCCGCCAGAGUUGUAGCCAUAAUUAGUGUUUUUGUUAUAUUGCUAUCAAUUGUUAUAUUUUGUCUAGAAACAUUACCCGAAUUUAAGCAUUACAAGGUGUUCAAUACAACAACAAAUGGCACAAAAAUCGAGGAAGACGAGGUGCCUGACAUCACAGAUCCUUUCUUCCUUAUAGAAACGUUAUGUAUUAUUUGGUUUACAUUUGAACUAACUGUCAGGUUCCUCGCAUGUCCGAACAAAUUAAAUUUCUGCAGGGAUGUCAUGAAUGUUAUCGACAUAAUCGCCAUCAUUCCGUACUUUAUAACACUAGCGACUGUCGUUGCCGAAGAGGAGGAUACGUUAAAUCUUCCAAAAGCGCCAGUCAGUCCACAGGACAAGUCAUCGAAUCAGGCUAUGUCCUUGGCAAUAUUACGAGUGAUACGAUUAGUUCGAGUAUUUCGAAUAUUUAAGUUAUCUAGGCAUUCGAAGGGUUUACAAAUAUUAGGACGAACUCUGAAAGCCUCAAUGCGGGAAUUAGGUUUACUUAUAUUUUUCUUAUUUAUAGGCGUCGUACUCUUCUCAUCGGCGGUUUAUUUUGCGGAAGCUGGAAGCGAAAAUUCCUUCUUCAAGUCCAUACCCGAUGCAUUUUGGUGGGCGGUCGUUACCAUGACCACCGUUGGAUAUGGUGACAUGACACCCGUCGGCGUUUGGGGCAAGAUUGUGGGAUCACUGUGUGCCAUUGCUGGCGUGCUGACCAUCGCACUGCCGGUGCCGGUCAUCGUCAGCAAUUUCAACUACUUCUAUCACCGUGAAACGGAUCAGGAGGAGAUGCAGAGCCAGAACUUUAAUCACGUUACUAGUUGUCCAUAUUUGCCAGGUACAUUAGUAGGUCAACACAUGAAGAAAUCAUCGUUGUCCGAGUCCUCAUCGGAUAUGAUGGAUUUGGACGAUGGUGUCGAGUCCACGCCGGGAUUGACAGACACACAUCCUGGACGCAGUGCGGUGGCUCCAUUUUUGGGAGCCCAGCAGCAGCAACAGCCGCAGCAACAGCCGCAGCAACAGGUUGCAUCCUCAAUGUCAACGUCGAUCGACAAGCAGUUGCAGCAUCCACUGCAGCAGCUGACGCAGACGCAACUGUACCAGCAGCAGCAGCAGCAGCAACAGCAACAGCAGAACGGCUUCAAGCAGCAGCAACAGCAGCAGCUGCUGCAGCAGCAACAGUCCCACACAAUAAACGCAAGCGCAGCAGCAGCAACGAGCGGCAGCGGCAGCAGCGGCCUCACCAUGAGGCACAAUAAUGCCCUGGCCGUUAGUAUCGAGACCGACGUUUGACUACUGGGUAAGUGUUGGAUAACGCCACUCGCUUGCUGCACAGACCCCUCCACUCCCAUCUUUAUCACACUCUCUAUCUCUAUCUUGCUCUGGCACACUCAUUUCUCAACCCCCCCCCCCCACCAAACCACUACCGAAACCCGUGCACCUUGAACCGUAGAGCGUAACUAGGUUUAAGUGUUGCAAAAUGCCAAAAAGCAAAAUGCAAAAUUCUAAAACGGAUCGUUCGCACUGGCUGCCAUAGAGGCGGAGCAGUGAAAACACUUUGUUUUGCUGCUAAGUGAGAGUAAAAGAAUUAACAGAAGAGAACACACUUCAUUUUGCUGCCAAAAGAAAAGUAAAUACAUAGUUAUUAAUUAAAUAAUCCAAGAAGUAUGAAAUUAAAAUGUUAAUUUUUGGUACUAUCGAUUUUGUUUCAAAACGAUCUAAUUAUAAAAGACAAAAUGUCCCUCUUAUCAUCAUCAAAUAUCAUAAAUAAAUCAUUUAAAAUAAAACACUGCUCUUCCCUGUGCAGUGCGAACGUCCGAUCAAUUAAAUUGAACUGAAUUGAAUUACGAUUUGAUUAGAACAUAACUUUUUCUCUCUUUUCUCUCCACGUGGCGCGCUCUUCUACCUACGCAAUACAUAUGUUUGCCUAUGUUUACGUAUAAACCUAAUCCUAAACCUAAACCUUUGCCUACGUCUCGAUCCCUCUGUAUGUAUUACCGUAUGUAUGAUAUACUAUAUGUAAAUGAUGUAUGAUUAACGCACUAAUCAGUGCAAAAGACGUUGCGUGGUAUAAAUUUGGCCUUGACAGGAGUUACGUUGGAUGCCAGAAACGACUACAAAAGCUGUUUAUAUUUAAUUUAAGUAGAACAAAUAACAAAAACAAAUUUAAUCUAUUGCUAAAUUAAAUUAAAUCUAAAUUU